GUUUUGCUUGACGGCUUGACGGAUAGAUUUUUUAGUGUGGUGCGUUGUGCGGCGGGUGAUUGUUUGUUAUUUUCUCGUCUAACGAGAAACUCGGUUUUGUCGUUAUUAUGUAAAAUUAUCCUUCUUAAAUCGCCAAGAUCUAAUUAAGAUUGAAAUUCCCCAAAAUGUCGACUGUUCUGCUUGCAGUUAUUGCGGUCAUUUUGUGUGUACUUUUCAGAAUAUUGAAUGUUAAUAGUCAGCCCCAAAAACCUGUGAUCUACGGAAGAGAUCGCAGUUUUAUUGAAAACAUUCUCUUCAUUUCACCGUUCCUAAAUGAACCAUAUGUACCGACUCGUCUGUGGGGCUUCAGUGGGCAUGUGCAAACAAUUCUACACAGUCUAAUUGGACGUGUCCGUUGCCCCUGGCCCAUAGGCGGACGAGUGUCGCUAGUGCUGCCCGACAAAUCCACCCUCACCUACGACCUCUACGAACCGGUCGGAAACGAACAUGAAGAUGACGUGACGGUCGCGAUCUGUCCCGGCAUCGGCAACACCUCGGAGAGUGUGUACAUUCGAACCUAUGUCCACUACUCACAAUGCCACGGCUACAGGUGCGCCGUGCUGAACCACAUUGGAGCUCUCAACAGCGUCCCAGUCACGGGAAAUCGCAUCUUUUCAUACGGGCACACCGAUGACUACAACUACAUGGUGGAGAACUUAUUGGAACGGUACCCCAACACGAAACUAAUUCUAGUCGGAUUCAGUCUGGGUGGCAAUCUAAUAUCUAAGUACUUAGGAGAGGACAGAAAGAGGCCCACGAAUAUUAUUGGAGGAAUCUCAAUAUGCCAGGGAUACAAUGCUAUUGACACGAUGGUAUACCUCUUGCAAUGGCAGAACUUCCGUCGUUUCUACCUGUACAUAAUGACGGACAACUAUCGCAACAUUAUCACGCGACACAAGAGAAUGCUGCUCAGCCCUGAAAUGAAGAGCAGAUACAAUUUAGAUGAGAAGCAGAUCGUCUCCGCUGGUACUUUACCUGAUCUCGAUGAGGCUUAUUCAAGGAGGGUUUACGGCUUCGAAUCAGUUGCUGAUCUCUACAAAUGGAGUUCCUCUGCAUUCUAUCUACACAAUAUUAAGACCCCAAUGAUUUUCGUCAACGCUCGAGAUGACCCCAUCGUACCAGAACCAAUGUUGCCUAUUGUCAGGGAAUUUGUCAGCUCGCAUGAUAAGGCAAUGUAUCUCGAACUGGCUCACGGCGGACACUUGGGUUUCUACGAAGGAGGUUUGGUGUACGCUAAUCCCGUCAACUGGCUGGACCGCGCCCUCGUCGGACUCGCUGGAGGCUUGCUCAUGGCACACAACAAAUGCUCACACAAAGAUGUCGCCGCCUCCGCCGAUUGCGUACCCUCAGAUGACGAGCCUGACCUCAUCAAAUCAGCCACCAUCGUCUACCGUGAUCCAUUAGAAAAAUCACCCCAGUUGGCAUAUUAGAUUUACAAUAACUCGUGGAUCGUAGAAAACUUUGGUAUACUUAUAUGUCUAAUAUUUAUUAGAAAAAAUAUUAAAUUACUGCAGUCCAUUUCAUCGGCAGUAACAUUUUGAUGAAGUACUUAAAUUGUGUUGUAAGUACAUCUUAUGGAGGUAACGAUUCUCCACCGCGUUUUUAUACGUCCUAAUAAAUAGUUGAUAUAUUGAUGUAGAAGACAAACCCGUAUUUACCAAAGCCUAGUAAAGGGACGAGUAGUUCCUGUUAUGCCCUAAGUAAGAUAUUAGGCAGGACCUAAGAGGCAAUAUGUUAUAAACGGCACAUAAGCUUUUUAUAAAUAAUUAUUGUAAAUUCGUUAUUGUUCUCCAGGCUUAUUGUCGAACUGUACGUGAAUUAAUGAGUUGUUUUUCGUUGUGAUUAGUUGAGGUGAAGAGGCGUGGCAUCGAUAAUAAUAGUUGUAGAGAAUAUGUUUAUAUAAGUAUUGUUAUUAUUUAUGUACAUGUCAAUAUAUAACUUUAUAUUGCAGUAUGUUGUAACUUGCACAAAAUAUUUGCUUUUAUAUACAACACUGCCUAAGUUUUUUGUCGUUGCAUAAUGUAUCGUGGCUUAACAAUAGGCUAUCAAAGCUGGCAAAAAGACGUGAGUUUUGUAAGCCACUAGCUUAAAGGUCUCUAUCAAUUUGCCAGUGAUUAGAGUGCCUAGUGCUAGUUUCCUUGCAUUAAUGCGAUUGGAACGUUGUCGCGUUUAGCGUUCUGAUUGGUUGGUUAGCUUGGAGCAGGCCAAUCAGGGCGCCGAACGUUGUAAUGUUGUCAACCACCUAGAGUAAAGCUAACAUGCACUAAGCACUUUGAAUAGUAAAAGUUAUGCUGCAGAGUUUGUGCCACACCUCAUCUUCGCAAUAUUUUUCGAAUGCACACAGGAGACACGGGCCUUUAGUUAUUUGUUACUAUUGUGAUAUACUUAACUGAUUAUUUAUAUACUAUGCAUUUUAAUCAAUGUGCCAAGUGCACGUAUAAUGUAUGACGACCGUAAAAACACCACUGUUUAACGGUCCUGGGUUCUAGUCCCGGUUAAGUCAAGUAUGUUAUAUGUAUUGUAUGUAACGUUAAUGUUUGAUAUGAGUGAGAACCAUUUACAAACUAACGAGUACAUGAAAUUGAGAUAUUUAUCGAAUAAUUGUUUGUAAAAUAUUAUUAUGUUAAAAUGAAUGGUUAUUAUAUGCAGUACAAAUACAGAUUUGCACAAUUAUAGUUGAAUGUUCGAGUUUAUUACUGAUAGAUAGUCCUCGCAAAUUGGUUUAGUUGUAGUUUGUACGCAUACUUACAUUUCUCAUUGAAUUCCUCUAGUGUUCCUAUGAAGUAGUUAGAAUUCAGUGUUGUUUUGUAUUGUGCUGUCAAUUUCAAAAGAUAAAUUUCUUGCAUGUCUGAAUAUUCGCAUGUUACUAAAUCUUGUGCAGUGAUGAAGUUUAUUAUCUAUUGAUUUUGACCAUACUACUUAUUAAAUGUAUUUGCGAGAAUAAUUUAAUUAUUAAUUUAUUGUCUAAUUACCUACAACAGGAAUAUCUGCAACACACAAUUCCGUUUAAUGAAUUUAUAUUGGAAACAUUGUGAAUUGACAGGAAAUGGGUUUUUAAAAUAAUGUAUAGUGAAAAAGUUCGUUCCUAAGAAAACUUUUAACAUUAUGGAAUUGUUCGCUAAGCGAUGUUCUGUGAGCUUUGUUGCGGAGCUAACUUAACUUCCGUCCAAAAAAUGUUCAUAAGUUGAAGGGAAUUAUCUAAAGGAGAUUGUUUAAAUCCUGAAUAAGGUUUGAGACGAGGGAAUUGUGUAUAUUUUGUGUGGUGUAAAUUAGAAACCCAUUUCUAUAGAAUUUGACGUUGAGAUAAAUAAACAUUUCUUGGUCGGAGCUAAAAAGUGUUUAUUUAUCUUAACUCGUUGGACCAAGUGAGGUCGAUAGAGAGGGAUGUAAUUAAAUGGUGUGAUUAUAAACAGAUUUUUAUAAUACUUACGUCUCCUUGGACGUGUGCGUAUGCGCAAAUGUGUCCUGCGUGGUAACUGAUGUUUUAAGCUAUGUGACUGCCUUCAAUGUUAGUUCUAUAUUUAUGUGAAGCUUUGCAUUUACAGUAAGUGGCGUUCGAUAGUAUUGUUUACGCAAAAGCGUUUAGCUUUCGGUGCUCCUUCAAAAUGAUGCAAAGCUCUUUUUGUCUAAUGUGGUAAACAUACAAAACGUUUACCAAUGUCAUGGCCUGCACAACUUAUUAAUGUAACGACGAAAGCCCCAGUUAUAAGGCCUAGUCAGUUUUAAAAAACUUUGAAAUCUUGUAGAAUUAUAAACCAUUGAACUUUUAAUCAUUCUUUGAAAAUGCUGACAAUAAUCUAUGUUUGAUAAUUUUUAGAAUUUUCUUUAAAAUAUCUAUUCCAUAAUUAUGAUCUCACUACAGUUUGAAAUUCCGACAGUAAUAUGAGUGUUAUUUACUCGCCAACCGAGUAUACGGUGUAAAAUUUUAGUGCACGUAAAAUGUUGAGAGGGAAUGAAAAUUGAACAACUUCAGCAGAGUUCAAGUUCUCAUAUAAAUCUUUAGUGGCGGGUAUAACAGUUCCAAAUGAUAUUUGUUCAGCAUUUAUAUAGACAUAAAUUGAACAUUUCCAAAUAAUUCCACUGAUUAAAUGUUAAAUGUGUUACUGAGUGUGUUCAUGUAGAAAGAUUGGCAUAAUGUUUGUUAGGAAUUUAUUAUCUUAGAAUAUUGUGUCUGUAUUCGCUUGACUCGUAUUGAAAUAACCAAGCCGAGUAGACAUUUUUCUAGGCAUGUAGAAAUAAGAAUUGAACAAGUAUGACACUUGCGGAAAUGUCAAUAUAUUUUUAUAAACUAAUAACUUUCUCUAACUGGUUUUUGAACAUGAUAAAGUUUACUGCUCAGUGGUUUAUUAAAAUCUAAAUUAUUUGUUCACUUGGUUUUACUACAUUUGCACGAAGUAAUGUUAAAUAAAUAAGUUUUCAAGCAUAGCGAUAUUGAUAGCUUUCAAUGUGAUAGAUUCAAAUGUGUUAUUGCAGUCUUUAGAUAAAUCGAGAUUAUACAGUACAAAGAUUUGAAAAUAGGAUCACACCAACACUAGAAACAAAUUAUUGUAAUGUUAAUUAACUGACAGUACAUAUUCUUUGCAAUUUAAAUCAAUUAGAAUGAUGCGCUACGUAAAUGACUUGAUGUAUGUCAGAAUUGCCCAAAUGUUUAAUAUUUUAUUUAUGUACACG